CACAACCGCUGAAGACGCUGCCAUCUGUUUAUCAGGUGUAAACAAUUUCCAGCGUGUAUGAUGUAAAGCAAUUAUCAGAAGAUAUAAAUUUCGAAAAAUAAAGGAAAUGGCAUAUAAACACGUGGUCAAUUUUCGUGAGAAGUUUGUUUAUCCCAUAAAAGAGACAGUUAAUUGGUAUCCAGGACAUAUGAGUACAGGAAUACGAAAAAUGCAACAGAAAUUGAAGAGUGUUGACUGUAUUCUUGAAGUGCAUGAUGCUAGAAUUCCUUUCAGUGGAAGAAAUUACAAUUUUCAUAAUUUAUUGACAGCAAUAAAGCCUCAUAUUAUGAUAUUAAACAAAAUGGAUCUUUCAGAAUUAUCUUAUAAAUCACAGAUUUUGGAGAAAUUUAAAACUGAAAAUAUAAACAAUGUUAUUUUUACUAAUUGUAAAAAUCAGAAUGAUGAAGGAAUUAAGAGAGUAAGUUUUUCUUUAUUUUUAUUAAACAUAAAGAUUUUUAUAUGUUUUAAAAGUAAUUAUACAAUAAUGAUUAUUGGAAUUCCAAAUGUUGGUAAAUCUUCAGUAAUAAAUGCUCUCAGAAACAGAUAUUUACAUAAAGACAAAGCAACAGCUGUUGGAUCCAUGCCUGGAAUCACACGUUCAGUCUUGGAGAAGAUAAAAAUAUGUGAACGAAGUUUGUCAGAGAAUGGUGAUCAAUACUUCAAGUUUCAUAUACAUACUCAUACAAUUAAAGAAGGAUUAAUUGAUACUGACAUUCUAGCCGAUUAUUUAUUAUUUAUUUUAAAUAAGCACAGAAACUUUAGUUAUAUGCAUUAUCUAGGAUUGGAAGAACCUUGUGACGAUAUCAGAAUAGUUUUACUGAAAACUGCCAUCAAUUUGAAAGCAACUUUUAUUUUCAAAACAUCUGAUGGCCAAAAGAUACUUAAACCAAAUCUUAAAGCAGCAGCAGAUUAUUUUCUUAAAGGAUUUAGAAAAGGAGAAUUUGGUAGAAUGUUACUAGAUGAAGAUAUGUUAUGAUCUUUGUAAAUAUUCUUUAAUUAAAAAUAUAUUUUAAGCUA